CCUGGCACCAUGGCCACAUCUGAGACUGGCCACACAGCUGCUGCUGGCUCUCCCUGUUCCAGGAAGGAUUUAAAGGGGAAUUGCUCUGCAGACAAUGCACCAGAGCGGCAGCAUCAGGAACUUGGGGACUAAGGCUCCUCUGCCAUUAUUACACACAUGCAGAGCUGACCGCAAUGACAGGAGCUGCUCCUUCGAACUGCUGGCAGCAGCCAAGCGGCAGCAUGAAGUGAGAGAUGGCUCCUGAGCUCAAGAUGAACUCCAGCUCCACCUUGGAUGGUAAUCAGAGCAGCCGCCCUUUUUGCCUCUUGGCACUUGGUUAUUUGGAAACUGUCGACUUUUGCCUUUUGGAAGUGCUGAUUAUUGUUUUUCUAACUGUAUUGAUCAUUUCUGGCAACAUCAUUGUGAUUUUUGUAUCUCAUUGUGCACCUUUGCUAAACCAUCACACCACAAGUUACUUUAUCCAGACUAUGGCAUAUGCUGACCUUUUGGUUGGGGUAAGCUGCCUGGUCCCUUCUUUAUCACUCCUGCACUACCCCCUUCCAGUAGAGGAGUCACUGUCUUGCCAGAUAUUUGGUUUUGUAGUGUCAGUUCUGAAGAGUGUCUCCAUGGCCUCUCUGGCCUGUAUCAGCAUUGAUAGAUACAUUGCCAUCACUAAACCUUUAACCUAUAACACACUGGUGACACCCUGGAGGCUACGUCUGUGUAUUUUCCUGAUUUGGCUUUAUUCCAGCCUGGUCUUCCUGCCUUCCUUUUUCCACUGGGGCAAACCUGGAUAUCAUGGAGAUGUGUUUCAGUGGUGUGCAGAGUCCUGGCACACCGAUCCCUACUUCACCCUGUUCAUCGUGAUGAUGCUAUAUGCCCCAGCUGCCCUCAUUGUCUGCUUCACCUAUUUCAACAUCUUCCGCAUCUGCCAACAGCACACAAAGGAAAUCAGCGAAAGGCAAGCCCGCUUCAGCAGCCAGAGUGGGGAGACUGGGGAAGUGCAGGCCUGUCCAGACAAGCGCUAUGCUAUGGUCCUGUUCCGCAUCACUAGUGUAUUUUACAUCCUCUGGUUGCCGUAUAUCAUCUACUUCUUGUUGGAAAGCUCCACUGGCCACAGCAACCGCUUUGCAUCCUUCUUGACCACCUGGCUUGCUAUCAGUAACAGUUUCUGCAAUUGUGUCAUUUAUAGUCUCUCCAACAGUGUCUUCCAAAGGGGACUGAAGCACCUCUCCGGGGCCAUGUGUACUUCUUGUACAGGUCAGACCACAGCCAAGGAUCCUUACACAGUUAGGAGCAAAGGCCCCCUAAAUGGAUGUCACGUCUGAGAUGAAUCACGUAUUUGGUCACUCUGUGUGUGGCCCUUUUUCCCCCUCCUUUUUAUCUCUUUAUAUUCCUAGUGAACUAGGAAAUCCAGGACAGGAUAAUUGGACUGUAAGUGAUAGCUAGCAAAUGAUCCGUCCAGACGCCUUCUAAGUUUACAGAUACGAUUUUCUGAAAACGCUUUUGAAUCACAAGAGUCAGUAUCAGGAAGAUAAAUUGCUCUAGGUUCCAAUUUUUGAAAUGUCAUGGAAAUGACUACAGUUCUCAGAUUUAAAAGGAAUAAAGCCAUAUCUAACACCUCUCUCCAGCUGGCAUGACUGAACCUGGGUGUGAACGGCGUCAGCAUUUUGAAAAGUCAUUUUCUUGUUGCUUUUCUGGAUUCUUUCCAGCUACUUCGGCUUCAUGUGCAAUUGACUUCUUUUAACAGGGAAUAUUAGAAUAUACUGAUUAAUUAAAAGGAUUUUUAAUUUAUUUUUUACAUAUGGAAGUAUAACUGCUCUGUAAUUUUCAACACUAUCAUUUAGAAAGUUAAAUGUUUUAUGUUUUAUUCUCAUGAGAGACUUCUCAGUGGGAUGAAUAAUGUGAAUAGUUGUAGAAUAGUUUUAGAAUUUUUUAAGGAACCAUAAAGCAAAAUUAGUUAAAUCAUUUAGUUUAUGAAACCCAAGCAACUUUUUGUGUCAUACUUUGCAGAAAUCUAAAGAUUUGUGUGCAGAGAAGUGAUGCCUUCGUGUAUAUGUACAUUGUGUAUGUGUACGUUGAGAAUAUUUGAAUUGAAUUAGUUUUCCCUUUUACAGUAAAGUAUGUUUAAGCUAAAAAAUAAAUAGACUGAGAGUUGUAAAUGAUAAAGGUAUGUGAAAAUUGUGUCUGUAGUGUUCUUUUUAUUCCAAAGAUUUUUGAGAUAGUGGCACAGCAGGGAGAAUGGUUUCAUAAGUAACUGGAUCAAAAAUAUAUACUGAACCAACUCAUUUUUAAAAUAGAGGAAAUUAAUUCAGGUAUUUUCUUUAUACUUAAACAGAAUCAACUAAUUUGGCAUCAACUGAUUAUAUUAUAAAACUUUUUCAGUUAGUGUUAAGGAAUCCACAUUUGAAGGGUGGGGGGAUUUUUGGCAAAUCUAUGUCUUCUGUUGCUGUUCUUUUUCUGAAAAAAAAAAAAAAAUCCUUUGCCAUACAGUUCUUUAUCAUUUCCUUUUUUUCCUGGUUUUUGUUUUUCUGAAGUACUAGCAAAAUCUAUAGGAUUUCAUUGUUGUGUGGAAUUAUUAUUGUAAGUGGUUAUGUGUUUUCAUAUGAUGGUGAUGUUUUCACCUUUUGGAGCAAGAGGUUUAUUUUUCUAAAAGGAGAGAAAGAUUUCCAGCAGCUCCCCGCAUGAGAGGAUUUCCUCUGCUUUUCUACUCGUUUUCAUGUUUUGGAAAUAUUCAGGGGAAAUACUUGAUCUCUGCCUUUGGCUGGAUGUUAUAAUCUGAAUGUGACAGUGCUGUUCAGUGAGAUGAAAGAUGGAAGAACUCCAAGGGACAUGGGCUAAAAUGGAUUCCUAAAUCCAAGAAAGGACACAAGUAUUUAUAAAACAGGCAAACAUGCUUUGAUUUUUCAUCAUGAUUUUAGAAGCCCCCUCCCCCUUUUAAAAUAAUUGACAGUGUUCUUAAAGUUUUAAAUUUUAUUUUAAACUUAAAUAUGUUGUAUUUAAAUUUUUAUUGUAUAAAACAUUUUGAACUUCAGAUUCUGGGCUCUUCCCAAAAGCUUUCUGGCUGUCUUUAUCUAGUGUUAUCAAAUUUUAUUCCAAGCAUUUUCAGAAUUUAGAACUCAUACUGAAAUUGCAGAUUAUGUUAGAAAUUACUUUGUUAAAUUGUCAUUUCAAGUGGAAAACCUUUUCUGUUUGGUUGUGAAAAAUAUAGUUGCAUAUCUUUUCUCUUUAUUUAUGUUAUACAAAUCUUUAAAAAUCUGUCUUAUUUUAUAUGUAACAGAGUAUAACCUGUUCAGAUUUUCAGUUUGUAAAUUUUUAGUUCAGCAAAUAUGGGAAUCUUAAAAGUUUUAAUUUUUAUAGAAAAUUGAUCAUUUUUUUCUUUAGGAAAAGGUUUUGAGAAUGGAAAAGAAUAUUUUAAGUUUUAGUAAUGGCCAAUGAAGCUUUUUUUUUUUUAAGCUAAGCUUUUAAUUCCGUUUUUCCUUAAACUUGGUAUUUAUUUAUUUGAGAGAGAGGGCUCCUAUCUGCUUGUUCACUCCCCCAAAUGCCCGCAGUGACUAGGAUGGGAUCUGGAGCUCAAUCCAGGUCUCCUAGGUGGGUGGCAGGAACCCAGUUGCUUGCUGUCUCUGCCUCCCUAAGUCUGUAUUAGAAAGAAGCUGAAGUCAGGAACUGGAGCCAGUUAUCAGACCAGGUAUCUCAGAUGUGAGGUGUGGGUGGCUUAAUUGUUAGGCUAAACACUGACCCCCAACUUGGCUUUUUAAUGACCAGAAAGGGCACUUUCAAUUAAAAAUGUUUACAUUCUUAUAACAAAUUUGGAUUUUAUUGGAGGGUUUUUUUUCACAUUGGGAUCUUUGUGAUUGUCUCAAGCCCAAAACUCAAGUAGAAACUAAGCAGAUGCUGUAAUUUUAAAGAAAAAUACUUGUUUAAUCAUUAGGUAUCCUUCCAGUUUACCUUGCCUUCAUUAUACUGUAUAAAACUCUAAUGUUUCUUCCAGAAAUCAAUUCCGUUAUCCUCACGCAGUCAUUGUCUGCUUUGUUUUUACUUUAGUUUGUGAUAAGUGUGCUGUUGGGGAUGAGGGUAUGCACCUGGACAGUCAUAAAAGUCUUUAGUGGCAGGGGCAUUUCUAGAUGGUAGGUUUUGAGAGUUUGCAUUUCACUAAUCUUUUUAUCCUGGCAUUUUUAAAGCAAAACCUGAUGAUGUUUGGGAUUAAAUACUAAUCCGAGUAGUUCAGCAUGAGAAAAAAAAAUGUAUUUUUAGACUCUGUUACCUUGGAUAACUCUUCUAACUUUAUAUGGUAAGUGACUGGUAUCAGAGGAGGAACGUGCUUUUGGUGAUUGUGUUAAAAUUAUUUCAUAGUAAAUUUUUAAAAUAAGGUUAUACUGAUUGUUACAUUUGUAAAUCAGUUGUGUGUGUUUAUGCGGUGGUUUCAGUGCAGGUGUGUUUUUUCCUCUUAGAGUUGAAACAGAAUUAGAGAUAACUAGAGCUGCACUUCCCUGAGAGCACUGUCUUACACCACAGGGAAUAUUUGCAGUUUUCAUGGACCUGUUUACUCUUACCACAAACUCCAUUUUGGAAAAGGGUUUCUUUAAGUUUUAUUGCUGGAUAAAUUCUUUUGAGCCGAAUGGCUUUUCCUUUUUACUUGAAUAAUUAUCUCAGUGUUUUAAGGGUUGAGAAAACUUGAAUUUUUGUACUAUCAAUGAAUUAUCCAACUGUGUACUUGAAAAUGAAGCAACAGGGUAACUGGCUCCCAGAUAGUGAAGUGGUUUCUGGGAGAGCUCCCUCAGCUUUUCAAGUUUAUUUGAAAAACCUACACAGUGACUUUGUAGGAAACAUCAUAAUUUCACAGACUGUUUUUUAAUCAUAAAAUAUUCUUGACGUAAAUUAUUGGCACAUCAGAGUGUAUUGAUAUGUGAACAGAUUUUGGGAAGGUUAAGAAUGGGCACUAUGAGAAUUUUUAAGUCUUCACAAAUCAUUUCAUGUGUUAUUUUGCAUAAUUUUUCAGAUUGAAGGGAAACUACAAUAAUUAAAUGUGCUUAUUAUUUUGAAGAUCUUGUACACAUUUCUAAGAAUGACUGUAAAUGAGUCAUUUGAUUUUUCUUCGAAAUUUGAGCAUCAUGAUAAAACAAAAAUUAACUUUAAGAAUAAAAAAAUCUAGGUUUCUUUUACUAAAUAACUAGGUUUGUAAAUUAUGGCAUGUCACUUCUCUAAACAGUUUAUCCUGAGAGGAGAUAAUGAUCUUUACAUACCUUACAGGGCUAAGAAUUCAAUUAGAUAAUGGAUGUGAUGAAAGUAUUGUAUAAAUUGUAAAGUGCUUUGCAAAUAAAAAAAAUUAUUGAUGUUA